AUGGAGUUGUUUUCUUCCGGGACGGUCCGGUGCUCGGGCAGGUAGAUCCUCCUGAGCCUGAAACAUUAGAGAUAAACCGGACAACAACUCGUCAAUUAAGGGGGUUUGCAGGUCAGAACCGAAGAUGAACGCCUCAAAACUUCCCAAGAUCCAGGAUGAGGAGCAUGAAAGUCAGUUUGGAUAUGUACAUGGAGUUUCUGGACCAGUGGUGACGGCCACCGCAAUGGCAGGAGCUGCCAUGUAUGAGCUGGUUCGUGUCGGUCACAGCGAGUUGGUCGGAGAGAUCAUCCGUUUAGAGGGUGACAUGGCUACUAUCCAGGUCUAUGAGGAGACGUCUGGUGUUUCUGUCGGCGACCCCGUCCUCCGGACAGGAAAGCCUCUUUCUGUAGAGUUAGGGCCGGGUAUCAUGGGCUCCAUCUUUGAUGGUAUCCAGCGUCCACUAAAAGACAUUAACGACCUCACUAACAGCAUUUAUAUUCCAAGAGGAGUAAACAUCGGUGCUCUUAACAGAGACUUAACGUGGGAGUUUUCGCCCUUCCAGAACCUUCGGGUUGGCAGUCACAUCACAGGGGGCGACAUCUACGGCACUGUGUUUGAAAACUCCUUAAUCAAGCACAAGCUGAUGCUCCCACCUCGCAGCAGAGGAACUGUGACCUACGUGGCUCAGCCUGGAAACUACGACCUUUCUGAUGUGGUUCUGGAGCUUGAAUUUGAGGGCAUUAAGGAGAAGUUCACCAUGGUGCAGGUGUGGCCGGUACGACAAGUUCGCCCAGUAACGGAGAAACUACCUGCCAAUCAUCCGCUGCUGACUGGUCAGAGAGUUCUCGAUGCACUUUUCCCAUGUGUGCAGGGUGGCACCACUGCUAUACCUGGAGCCUUCGGCUGUGGGAAGACGGUGAUCUCACAGUCGUUGUCCAAGUACUCCAACAGCGAUGUCAUCAUUUAUGUGGGCUGCGGAGAACGUGGGAAUGAAAUGUCUGAAGUACUGCGGGACUUCCCUGAGCUCACUAUGGAAGUUGACGGCAAAGUAGAGAGCAUCAUGAAAAGGACAGCGCUAGUAGCAAACACAUCCAACAUGCCUGUGGCUGCUCGAGAGGCUUCUAUUUACACAGGGAUCACGCUGUCGGAGUACUUCAGAGAUAUGGGCUACAAUGUGAGCAUGAUGGCCGAUUCGACGUCUCGAUGGGCUGAAGCUCUGAGAGAAAUCUCUGGAAGAUUGGCUGAAAUGCCCGCUGGUGAGCUUUCUGAAUACUGGAGGUUUAGUUUGGUGACAAGACGGCAACAACCUUGGUGUAGGGGUGACUUUUUGUGGCUGUUGCUUGCAGACAGCGGGUAUCCUGCUUACCUGGGCGCCAGGCUGGCCUCCUUCUAUGAGCGUGCAGGACGCGUGAAGUGCCUGGGCAAUCCAGAGAGGGAGGGGAGUGUGAGCAUUGUUGGAGCUGUGUCGCCCCCUGGUGGAGACUUCUCUGAUCCUGUCACUUCAGCCACUUUGGGAAUUGUUCAGGUUUUCUGGGGAUUGGACAAGAAGCUGGCUCAGAGGAAGCACUUCCCUUCAGUGAACUGGCUCAUCAGCUACAGCAAGUACACUCGAGCUCUGGAUGAAUAUUACGACAAACAUUUUCCUGAGUUUGUCCCCCUACGAACAAAAGCUAAGGAGAUUCUCCAGGAGGAGGAGGACCUGGCUGAAAUUGUGCAGCUUGUAGGCAAGGCUUCUCUCGCUGAAACUGAUAAAAUUACUCUGGAAGUCGCCAAACUCAUCAAGGAUGACUUCCUGCAGCAGAAUGGUUACACCCCCUACGACAGGUUCUGCCCUUUUUACAAAACGGUUGGCAUCCUCUCCAACAUGAUCUCGUUUUACGACAUGGCCCGACACGCAGUGGAGUCCACGGCUCAGAGCGACAACAAGAUCACGUGGGCCAUGAUCAGGGAGCACAUGGGGGAGAUCCUGUACAAGAUGAGCUCCAUGAAGUUCAAGGACCCCGUUAAAGACGGCGAGGCUAAGAUUAAAGCAGAUUACGCCCAGCUGCUGGAGGACAUGCAAAAUGCCUUCAGGACCUUAGAGGAAUGACUUUCCAACCCGAACAUCCAAACCCAGUGAGAUGAAGUGCAGAGGAA